CCAAUCAGCUGUUUAACUUUGUCGUGCCGCCAAGCUCGUCUCUAUUCUGUACUGUGCACGCGGAAGCUAGAUUUUCGUGCAAUAUUUUCGCAUGCAAACGGACGUUUCCGUGAAACGGCCGCAUCGUUACGGUAAAGAAACGGAUGGGUUUUAGUUUCGCGCGUACUAUAUAACGUUUUCCGAUCCGUACUACGCUGAAUUCUGUUCUCAAAUGGUUCUAUAUCAUAGUCGCCAUUUUGGUGAUAGACCGAGCCAAGAUUAGCGAGUGUACCUAUGAUCUUUUUAUUUUCACUCGGCAUUCGGUCGAUCGUCGUGAUCGUCGGUGACGCCGGGACGGAAUUCUAACCUCGAGGAUGACGCAACAAAACAAAACGAUGAACUUUCUCAUACAUGACGCGAACGGUCAUCCACAAGUAAUAAAAGUAGUGCAAAGUACAGCCAAUAAGGCAUUGGGUGGUAUCGUCAGUACAACAAAUGCAGGUGGCCUUAAAGUCUUUAAGACUCCGAGCCAAGAAUCUCAGGUUUUGCCAUCUAACGCACAAGUUCUUAGAACUAUCAGUUUGCAGAAUCCUUCAACCCCUGGCCAAAGAUUGGUUACUAUACCACUACAAAACACAAAACUGGCGACAACCAAAGCCGGUGAACCUGUACUGACUAAGACUAUACAAUUAACAUCUGCACAAAUGAGCGACAUAAAACAGGCAAUAGUGUCUCAGCAGCAGCAGCAGCAGCAGCAACAACAAUCGCAACAACAGCAGCAACAAACACAGCAGUCGCAGCAACAGUCUGCCAACCAUCAAAUUGUGAAAGAUACGAGUGGUAAAACAUAUAUCAGUCCAAUACUGGAUCAUAGUGGCUCCAGGAAAAGGCAAGACGCUGAGACUGGUGAUUUUGUGCCAGAUAAACGAAGAAAAACAGAGAAAGUAGGGAAAGGAUUACGUCAUUUUUCAAUGAAAGUUUGUGAAAAAGUUAAGAAGAAGGGCACGACGUCGUACAAUGAGGUCGCAGACGAACUUGUCGGGGAAUUUACUAAUCCUGCCCACAUAAAUUCUUUAACAGAUCAGCAAUAUGAUCAGAAAAACAUUAGAAGACGUGUCUACGAUGCUCUGAAUGUUUUGAUGGCAAUGAAUAUCAUCUCGAAAGAGAAGAAAGAGAUCAGGUGGUUAGGCUUGCCAACCAACUCUCUCCAAGAAUGUUUGGCGCUCGAGAAAGAUAAGAAGAAGAAGAUCGAGAGGAUCAAGGCGAAAACGCAGCAGUUGCAUCAGUUGAUUCUUUCGCAUAUUUCGUAUAAGAAUCUGGUGGAACGUAAUCGUGUCAAUGAGAGUCUGCGUGGCCCUCCAAAGCCGAAUUCUGCCAUACAGCUGCCAUUCCUGAUUGUGAAUACUAGCAAAAAGACUGUCAUAGAUUGCAGCAUUUCAAAUGACAAAACCGAGUACCUGUUCAAUUUUAACGAUAAGUUCGAAAUUCAUGACGAUAUUGAAGUUCUAAAGCAAAUGGGUUUGGCUUUUGGUUUAGAGAAAGGGGAGUGCACUGAGGAGAAUUUAAAAACAGCCAAAUUAAUGGUUCCAAAAUCUCUGGAGAAAUACGUGGAACAGCUGGCAAGCGGCGAUUUGGAAAAAUUCAUCCCAGUGACGAUUCCUGGUCCAAGUACUUCGAUGGAAGAUCUUGAUGCAAAGUUAGAAGGUUCUCGACCUCCUUCAUCUUCUCAUACUUCCCUUUCAGAAGAUGUCCUGUCACCACCCUCGCAGUAUUAUUCUGAGGAAGAAGACGAAGAUGACGAGAGCGAUCAGGACGACCAAGCCGAUAGCGAUCUCGAAGUUAACUAGCACUCCGAACGAUAUUCUCGGGGCUGGACUCAGGGAUACUCGUCACUGUUAGCAGCGUACUCGAUAUGGUCGUCAUCGAUAUCAUCAUUCUUAUGCCCGACGGAGGUGCGAAUGAGUAGUGGUAAUCGGGGGUCCCUUAAAGAUGAAACCUCGUUGCCAUUGUUGAUAAACGUCUGUUAAUGUGAAAUGAGGAUGGUCAAAAAGUGAAUUAAAUGUCGAUUGGGGCCAAGGAGAAACAAAAAUGAAACUGUAGGGGAUAAAACUAAAAAGCUUCAGAACGUCUCGUUUGAAGGAGGAGACUCUCGAUGCACGACGAUCGACUGGAUCCAUGAUUUAUGUGGCGCGACUGAAACGGGGUGCUAUUUUAACUGUGCAUCAUCUCUUAACAGGUUUAUAUGACUAGCAUCUAUGUAUUGUAAAUUAUAAUCUAUACAAUGAUAUCGAUAUUAAUGUGUACGAGACAAUUAUGACCAGUACUCAUUUUCUUAUGGCACGUUUAUAAUUAAUAUCGCCCGCGUUAAAUGUACCGAGAUAAACUGGUAUACCGAACACCGGGCACACAUCUGAAUUCAAUUUCGAACUAAAAAUAAUAAAUUGUAAUAAUGUUAAACACA